AUGAAAAUAUUGGAUAAUUUGCUCUGAGACGAUCAAGAAGUUGAGAGUUCUAAUUUUUGAUGAAUUCGUAGUGAUAGAAAAUUGGAUCUUGAAGAAAUUAAUCUUGAAACCAUGGAAAAAACAUCUUAUGAAAUUUCUACUCCUAAAGAUUAUAAAGCAUUAUACACUUGCAUAUGCUCUUUGCCUGGAAACAAAUCAUUUUGCUAUAGAGGCUUUUGAAAUGAUUCCAAACAUAAUGGCAUUGCUUAUAUCAUUGAUGAAAAUCGUAAAAUCCGAAUCCUUCCUACAAAAAUGUUAAAUUUUGGAUAUUGCGCAACCUGUUAG